AGCCCAGACUGGUUAAAGUCAGGGGCCCACCAGCACCAGGCUGGACUCCGGGCAGAGAGGACACAAGACCAUGGAGGGGAAGAUGCAGCCCGUGCUGUGGAUGCUCUGUGCAGUCUGGGUGACUGUCCACACCAUCUCUGUGGAAACCCCAAAGGAUGUUCUUCGCGCUGCUAGGGUAAAGAGUGUUACCCUUCCAUGCACCUACCAAACUUCCUCCCUCAACCGAGAAGGAUUUAUCCAAUGGGACAAGCUUCUAAGGAGUCAUACGGAAAGGGUGCUCAUCUGGACAUUUUCGACCCAAACCUACAUCUACGGUGAACUUUAUCAGAACCGCGCCAGUGUAUCAGGCAACGUCCAGCAGUCAGAUGCCUCCAUCACCAUUGACCGGUUGACCAUGGAUGACAACGGCACAUACGAGUGCUCUGUCUCACUGAUGUUGGACCUGGAAGGGGUCUCCAAGUCACGUGUCCGCCUCUUGGUGCUGGUGCCACCCUCCAAGCCAGACUGCAGCAUCGAGGGAGAGACUGUGAUUGGGAACAACAUCCAGCUGACCUGCCAAUCAAAGGAGGGCUCCCCAGCCCCUCAGUACAGCUGGAAAAGUUAUGAUGUCCUGCACCAGGAGCGUCAAGUCGCACCAGUCACAGGACAGAUCUUCUCUCUGAAGAACAUCUCCACAGAAAUGUCGGGCUACUACAUCUGCACCUCCAGCAAUGAUGUAGGGAUGGAGUCCUGCAACAUCACUGUGGCUGUCAGACCUCCCUCCAUGAAUGUGGCCCUGUACGCGGGCAUCGCGGGGGGCGUGGCUGCGGCACUCAUCGUCAUCGGCAUCAUCGUCUACUGCUGCUGCUGCCGGGAGACUGGCAAGGCUGAGGAUGCGGACGUCACGCGGCCGAAUCGGGCGGGCUACCAGGAGCCACCAGAGCAGCUGACAGAGCUUUCCAGAAGACAGGAAGAGGAGGGCGAGGGUGACUACAGGAAUGAAGGCCAGAGGGGCCCCAGCCGAGAGUCCCUUGACCAGGCUGGCCGAUGACCAGGGCCUGCUGCAGGAGGGGGUCAGGGGGAGCAUUAGGGGGUCAUCCCCCCGCCUCCAUGCCUCCCCUGUCUUUUCCAAGCCCCACUUUUCUGACCCUUGGUCCCAGUCAUUGAUGGGAUGCUUCUUCCCCCAUGUCGGCUGCUGGAGGACUUGGCUUGGCCUGGCCAAGGAGAUCUCACUUGUGGCUGAGCUUGUCAAGGGCGCUCACCUUCGAAGCUGCCCUCCCAUUGCUGUGCCCGGCUCAGGGCCCUACCCUCACCCUGGACUAGGCAGCGGCCUCCACCUCCCCGUGGCGCUCCUGUCCCGCUCCGUGGGGGUGACACCAGCCUCCGGAGGGCCGGAGUUGCCCUCUCCACCUGUGCGCCUAGCACCCAGGGGAAUGACUCCUGGCAGAGGUUUUGUGCACAAUACAUUUUUGUUGAAUGAAUGAAAGAAUGAAUGAGUAUGUAAAGGAGUCCCUUCAUUU